UUCUUCUUAUUAUUGAAGGGUUAUUGAUUGUAACAUAGUGAUGUUUAUUCAAAUAUUCUAUUCUCAAAUAAUAUGGAUAAUAGUAAUUCAAUUAUGCAACAACGUAGAUCAUCGAUUAAACUUUAUACUGAAUUUUCACAAAAUUAUCCAGCAGUACAUAAUCUACCUAUUCAAAUUGAUAAUAGUUCACAUUCAAUUAGAUCAAUUAUUAUUCCUUCAAUGAUUAUGCAAUCAACGGGAAUCCAAACUAUGAAUAUGACACCUGAAGUCAGUGUACAAGUGGAUUUAUUAACACAACAAUCGGAAUUUACUCAAACAGAUUUAGAAGUUGAUAAUAAUGUUAAUAAUAAUCCAUCAAUUUUAUUAGAUGCUACAACUGAAUCUUCUAUUAAUUUAGAAAAUUCUACUGAUCCAUUAAGUACACUUCGUAUUUACUUAUUAAAUCAAUUACCGAUUAGUGUAUUAUUUGAUGAUGCCAGUAUUAAGAAAUUACAAAGUUGUUCUAUAUGUAUGGAAAAUUAUCAUAUUGGAGAUCGUAUUAUGGGUUUACCAUGCUUUCAUAUGUUUCAUUAUACUUGUUUAUAUGCAUGGAUUGAUAAGAAUCUUCAAUGUCCAAUGUGUAGAAUGCCAAUUUAUGAAAUCGAUUGACAUGGUGAAUUACUUACCCGUUUAAAUAAAAAGAGAUAAACUUUGUAAAAAGAAGAAAAAGAAAAGAAAAGUAAAGUAAAGAAAAAAAACAAGUAACUAAGCUAACAGAAAAGGGGGAGAACAACAUUGAAAAUUCUAUUGAGUAAUAUGAUGUAAUAUUAUUAUAUAUUUUAAUAAUACUCAUUAUUCUAUUGACUUCUUCUUUGAUAUGUGAAUAUUAUUUCUUUUUCUUGAAUGAUACUACUUAUAAACCAAGAUGAAUACAAA